UCAUAAUCUGAAAGAAGAAUAACAUUUGAAAUAAUGGCAACAGGAGACCUAAAAGGAAGUUUAAGAAAAAUAGAACAAGGACUUCGCUUGUUAAAUUAUCCAAGAGAUGUGGAUUAUACAGUGUUAGUAAAGGGUGAUCCAGCUGCAUUUUUACCUAUCAUCAGCUAUUCUUUUACGUCUUUUUCAACUUACAUAGCAGAACUUUUGGUAAAGUGCGAUGUGGAACUCACAGCAAAGAGUGACUUGCGUUUUAUUGAAGCUAUUUAUAAGCUUCUUCGAGAUCAAUUUCAAUAUAAGCCAAUUUUAACAAAACAGCAGUUUCUUCAGUUUGGCUUUGCAGAAAGAAAAAUGCAGAUUGUUUGUGACAUUAUCAACUGUGUGGUGAAAAAACAUAAGGAAUUAAGUAACUCGAAUAAGGUUAAAUCCCAAACAAGGAAAAAACUCAGAUCUUUUAAAUAUGAAGUAUUGUCAAAUUGUGAUAAUGUCUUUGCUGAUCCUAGUGGCAGUGCUCUGAAUUUCAAACAGAAGCCUCAAGUAGAACGGCAUUCAGGAAAUGAAGUUAGUGAUGACCUUCAUCCACUACCCCUUCCAGCACAGGGAGGUAACGAAGAAGAAUUGUACCUAGAUCAUGAUGUUGUGGAAGUUAAAUGUGAACAGGUCAUAGGAGAUAAUUGUCAGAUUGAGUUCCUAAAGAGUCAGCUUGCUGAUUGCCGGGAAAAGCUUCAUAAGCUAGACUGGAUAGAAGAUAAACUACAUGUUUUAGAAGAGAAACUGAAAGGAAAGGUGAUCAUAGAUGAGAAGGACUGGAAUAACUUGUUGAGUCGAGUUUUGCUUCUUGAAACAGAACUGUUGUUGCAAUCCAGAAAGAGAGACUUAUCUACAGAGUUCAGCAAUAUAAGUCAAGAAUGUACUUCUAGUAGGAUUCCAGUUUCUCCUGAUACGGAGAGAAAGGAGGAGAUGCCAGAGAAUCGUCAUCAGUCGUCUGGAUACAGCUCACUAUUAUCCACAGACCCAUCUCCCAAAGCCAUGGCCAUUAAUUCUUGUGGUCUGACAGAUAUUUCAAAGGAGACAACAAGACAAAGAAUGGAAAGGAUAAGUAAAAUAAUUGAAGAAACCUCAGAAUUGUUGAAAACUUCAAGCAACACCUCUGAGAAGACCUGAAAACACAGGUCUUCAGACCUGGUCUCUGUAGACUUAUGGAUAUCGGAACUAAUAUGUAUGUUUGUACAGCAUUAAAUUUUUAAUAUAUCAAAUUUGUAAUGAUCACCAGUGCUUUUAUUCCUUUGAAUAAAUAAUUUCUAAUGC